CUCACACACUUCAUUCAUUCACUCACUCACACCCUAUCUAGCUAGCUCACUCCCACUCCCACUCUUAACCACCAAUUUUUGCUUCAAUGGCAUUUGAGGAUGUCAUAAACAUGUUUGCAUUGUUGGUUGUUGUGCUUGGUUUGUGGAGUGGAGUUGGAGCUGAUCCACAAGUUCCUUGUUACUUCAUAUUUGGUGAUUCUUUGGUGGAUAAUGGUAACAACAAUGGUCUUCAAUCUUUGGCUAGAGCUGAUUACCUUCCUUAUGGAAUUGACUUUGGUGGACCUACUGGAAGGUUUUCCAACGGAAAAACCACUGUUGAUGCAAUUGCUGAGCUAUUGGGAUUCGAUGAUUAUAUUCCACCCUAUGCAUCUGCUAGUGAUGAUGCCAUACUCAAAGGAGUCAAUUAUGCUUCUGCAGCAGCUGGAAUUAGAGAGGAAACUGGACGGCAACUGGGAGCUCGCCUUAGUUUUAGUGCCCAAGUGCAAAAUUACCAAAGCACUGUGUCACAAGUGGUGAAUAUACUAGGAACUGAGGAUCAAGCUGCAAGUCACUUGAGCAAGUGUAUUUACUCAAUUGGAUUGGGUAGCAAUGAUUACUUGAACAACUAUUUCAUGCCUCAAUUCUAUAACACACACGAUCAGUAUACACCAGAUGAGUAUGCUGAUGAUCUUAUUCAAUCAUAUACUGAACAACUUAGAACUCUUUAUAACAACGGAGCAAGGAAAAUGGUACUAUUUGGGAUUGGUCAAAUAGGCUGCAGCCCAAAUGAAUUGGCUACAAGGAGCGCAGAUGGCGUAACAUGUGUGGAAGAAAUCAAUUCAGCAAACCAAAUAUUCAACAACAAAUUGAAAGGUCUUGUUGAUCAGUUUAACAACCAGCUUCCUGAUUCAAAAGUUAUCUACGUAAAUUCUUAUGGUAUUUUUCAAGAUAUUAUAAGCAACCCUUCAGCUUAUGGUUUUAGUGUUACAAAUGCUGGAUGCUGUGGAGUAGGAAGAAACAAUGGUCAAUUUACAUGUCUACCAUUGCAAACACCAUGUGAGAACAGAAGAGAGUAUUUGUUUUGGGAUGCUUUUCAUCCAACUGAAGCUGGAAAUGUUGUUGUUGCUCAGAGAGCUUACAGUGCUCAAUCUCCAGAUGAUGCUUAUCCUAUUGAUAUUAGCCACUUAGCUCAGCUCUGAUCCUAUCAGCAUGGUCUUGCUAGUGGCAUAUUAAAUUGUGUCACUACCAUAGUUAAUGUUCUUGGAAUGUGUUAUUUCUUUUGGAGCAUUUAAAUUUUCUUUUGUUUAUUGUCACAUACUAUAUUCAUAUGCUAAGUGUUCAUAAGUGUCUUCACAAUGGACUAUGUUGGCUGAGUAAUGCUAAUUUUGAAAUUUUCGUCCAAUUUUAUCAACAUUUUAAA